GUAAAUUAUAAACCUUGAAAAAAGAAAACAAAAAAAUUAGGUGGUGUUCAACCCUAAACCCAGGCUUUUAUGAAGAAGGCAAUAUUGUUGAUGUAGGUAGCUCUGCAACUCUAUAGACAGACACAACUUAAAUGGAGAGCAGUGCGGCCAUGGAUGUUGAGGAGCAACCUUCGCCCAACUCCACCAACGUUAAACGCUUCGGCCUUAAAAACUCUAUUCAAACCAACUUCGGCGAUGACUAUGUUUUCCAAAUUGUCCCAAAGGAUGAUUGGAGUGCAAUGGCGGUUUCACUGUCAACGAGCGCAGUGAAACUAUAUUCACCCAUGGCGGGUCAAUAUUUCGGAGAGUGCAAGGGUCACACCGCAACCAUCAAUCAGAUUUUAUUUUCGGGUCCUUCACACCACCAAGUUUUGUGUUCGUGCUCUUCUGAUGGCACUAUUAGAGCUUGGGACACACGCACAUUUCAGCAGGUUUCUUGCAUCAAUGCGGGUUCUUCGCAGGAGGUUUUCAGCUUCUGUCUUGGAGGAACUAGUGGGAAUUUAGUUGCCGCCGGGUGUAAAUCGCAGAUACUGUUCUGGGAUUGGAGAAAUAUGAAGCAAAUUGCAUGCCUGGAAGACUCUCAUGUAGAUGAUGUCACUCAGGUUCAUUUUGUCCCCAACGAACAAGGAAAGCUUAUUUCUGCUUCAGUAGAUGGGUUGAUCUGCACAUUUGAUACCACUGGAGAUAUCAAUGAUGAUGAUCAUCUAGAAUCGGUGAUUAAUAUGGGGACUUCAAUUGCAAAGGUGGGGAUUUUUGGAGAGAGUUACCAGAAGCUUUGGUGUUUAACACAUAUUGAAACCCUAGGUAUCUGGAACUGGAAAGAUGGUAGAAAUGAAGGAAACUUCUCAGAUGCACGUACUUUAGCUUCUGAAAGUUGGAAUUUGGACCAUGUUGAUUAUUUCAUCGAUUGCCACUACAACAGAGAAUCUGAAAAACUAUGGGUGAUUGGUGGCACUAAUGCUGGUACUAUGGGCUACUUUCCUGUAAAUUACAAAGGAGUGGCAACAAUUGGAGGUGCAGAAGCAAUUCUUGAAGGUGGGCACACAGGUGUUAUUAGGAGUGUUUUACCAAUGUCAAAAAUUCAUUCUAACAGUCCUAGCCAAGGCAUUUUUGGAUGGACCGGUGGAGAAGAUGGUCGGCUAUGUUGUUGGCUAUCUGAUGAUUCCUCUGAAUCAAAUCGAUCUUGGAUUUCAAGCACAUUGAUUAUGAGACCAGAAAAAACUCGCAAGAAAAAUCGUCAUCAACCUUACUAGCAAAGAAUAUUCCCAGCCAUUAACUCUUAUAGUUUGAUACUGAAGGAGCAAUUUUUGUUUCAUUAGCCAACAGUCACUUCUAUUUUCACCUCAAUUUGGGUUGAAAUGCCUUGGAUUUUGAUAAAAAAUUAUGUAUUUGUUGUCAGAUAUGUCCUCAACUGCAUGUAAUAUUUGUACCUUGCCCUUUUUGCUUUUCCAAAAUGCACAGAUCACUUAUCCAUUUUGUAAUCUUGUAUUGGUAUGGAGUAUUAUGUGAUGUUUUUAAAA